UAUCACUUUAUCUCUAUUACAAGUAUAUAAUGAAUAUCUCGAUAUAAUCAGUGCAAACAGUGGUAAAAUAAUCGUCUACGAUGAAUAUCUUUUGUCGAUUGUUGUUUUUAUUCGCUCUAGUGAAAACACAAACUAUAAACGUCGAUGAUGUAUUCAAAAACAUUAAUUUCGAAGCGAUUUCACAAGAUGUCGUUGGUAUAAUAGAGAACGAUAUUUCCAGGGUUUCCGAUAUUGACGUUUUAAUAAAUGAUUUUAUCGAUAAAAUCUUUGCAAAUAUACAAAAUCUGAUGAGAAAUAAUAAUAUGAGUACAAUUGACAUACCAGAUGCCCAUUUGCAGUUCGACCCUGCUGGUCAUCUCGAUCUGAGAAACGGAACUUUACAAGACUUAGACACGAUUUCACGAAGAGAAGAUGUUCAUAUCAAAUACGAUUCACUGAAUAAAAAAGUCUCUCUAACAAUCCCAAUCAAAUUUGAUAGUCUUAAGUUCUUCUACGACAAUUAUCAUGCUAAAGUUCUAUUUAUUAGUAUAUCCGGUUCAGUACACGGUUCUAUUGAGAAUAUCAAAGUUAAUGCUGAGCUUAGUUUUGAUUUUAACACGUACACUGCGUUUCUCGAUCAUUACGAUAUGAAAGAUUCAGGUAAAGUUACUAUCAAAUUUACUGGAAAUGGAGUGGUAGAUUGGUUAUUGAACGCAAUGACUGCCGUUGUGGAUAGUUUUUUGGGUCAAGUUAUAGUGAACGUAUUGGCGAAAUUGAUAAGAGGAAGUCUCAGAGAAUUUUGCGAUAAAAUUAAUGAAGAUAUCGCUAAUAUACUUAAUCAUUAAGAAAAAGUUGCUAACGGUUAUUAUAAAUUUUGAGUAAAUAUAUUUGAAGAAGCGUUAAUUUGAGUUUAUCUUCAAUUUCAAUCAAAUUUUGUGAAUGACAAAGCAUUAGAGGUAUAAAUCAGUAAAAGAAAGAUUCGGUGAAGAAAAUCGAAGUCAACUGAAUAGUUUACCUGAAGAAAAUUUCAAUUAUAUAACGGCGAUUGUUACGAAAUUGUUGGAAGAAUUAAAAGUUGAAAAAAGCUUUGAAAAAUUUUCAUAUAUUAUAAAAGUAUUGAAAAAAUUAAAAA